AACCAGUGAUCUCAUGAGUAGCGGCACUCACGAAUUUCACGUUCUAAUCGAAAAAGGUUGUACUUGUGCGUGGGUUGGUGUUUGUGACGAAAGGCUUGAUUUAUCUACUUUUGCUGGAUCACAACAAUACGGAUGGGUUUUGGGUUCAGGUGGAUCCUAUUAUCAUAAUAACUCAGGCAACACUGAUAUUCCAAAUUUCACACGGGAUAAUGUGGAAAUCAUUAUUCACCUAAACAUGGAUAAUAAGACGGUCGCUUUUUCAGUUAACGGUACAAGAUAUCCACCGGUCACAUCAUGGACUAAUCUUCCAUCAAAACUUUAUUUUGUUGCCUCACUUAUAUAUCCGGGAAAGUUCAAAAUUUUACGACCAAAGGAUUAA